GUGGUUGUGGGCAUGUGAUUAUAUUUUUGGUGCAUUUUCUUUCUUUCUUCAAUAAACUAACUUCUACUCGGUAGGAUAAGAUAGGAGAUAUAAUGGCCUGUUUAGUAGUAUUUUAAGUUUCAUCCACUCAUUACUCAACUUCAACAAUAUAAUAGGGCAGAUCAGACUUCAGACGAGUAAUAGGGCGAAAAAGAUGUGGAGACCAAGCUGUUCAAUGUUGAUGAAGCUUGUACUGAUCUUGUCUCUCUCAGUGGUGCGAGGAGCUCUGUGCCAUGGCAAUUUCCAAGCCUUCUACUUCGUGCAGCAGUGGCUGGGUUCUUACUGCAACCAGAGGGGCACCAGAUGUUGCUACCCACCCACUGGGAAGCCAACCCCCGACUUCACCAUCUAUGGUCUCUGGCCUUACAACUCCGACGGCAGCUUCCCCGACAACUGCCCCGGCGACAGUUUCAACGUCGCUCCGCUUAAAGCAAUGGAGGACAGCCUGCAGAAGGCUUGGCCAUCCUUCACAUGCCCACUGAUAGGGAGGAAAUUCUGGCUACACGAGUGGAACAAAUACGGGACUUGCUCAAUGUCCGCGGUGCCCGAGCUGCACUACUUCGAAUCCGCAAUCGACCUCAAGAACAAGAUCAACAUCCUCCAAGCGCUUGCGAAAGCUGGAAUCCGGCCGAACAACAGGUUUUACCCUCUCAAGUCCAUUAAGAAGGCGGUCGAAUCGGCGUUCGGGUUUCACCCGUGGGUGAACUGCAACCACAACGCGAACGAGGAGAGCCAGAUUUGGCAGAUCACACUGUGUGUGGACAGGAGUGGCAAGAAGCUUGUGGAUUGCCCGUUUAUUCCCAAGGGACGAAUCGAGUGCGCGACCGAGGUCUUUUUCCCUUCUUAUUACUAAGUCGGUACGGUCUGCAAAAAAAACCCGAACCCGAUGGUUAUAUCGGAGCGGUUUCGUUGGCCAGAGAAUAUGUAUUUUUUCUCACCAACUAAUCGACAAUUCGCUCUCGUUUUGAUUUCGUACAUUGUGUUUCUGCAUUUUGUGUUAACCUUGGAUUGGAUUAUGAAUGGCUACAAACUACUCCCUUUGUUCCCUAAUUUUGUUAUGGUUUUUCCAUUUUGGUCUAUUCAAGUGCUCCUAUAAAUCUUAUGCUGAUUG